AUGGCAACCGCACAAUCGGUCGCCGUAAAGCACUGGGCUCGGAUCAUCAAGCGAUGGCCUGUCGACCGAGUCCGUCCAGAAUAUGUCUCCUUUCAAAAAGUCAUGCAGGAUCGCCUCCAGAAGGCCACCUCCCCAGCCGCUGCCGCGGAUAAUGCGAAAACAAACGAAGCUCAACCCGCCAGUCCUCCUCGGUGGGACGAAGCAAAGGAAAUGCGACAGGUCAACGUCCUAUACUCGCUGCUCGAAGACCGAUAUUUCAAAGCCUAUCCUAUCCCGACGAAGUUGCGGCACCCCCGAAGCAUGCCCACUUACUAUGACGAUGUGCUUAAAGAAAUGGACGAAGCUCCGAGUCGGACAUGGUUCCAGUCCCUGAUGAACAGGAUUAAGGGGUCUUUGCGGUUUAAAUGA